GCGUGAAGUAUUGUUUGACAUUAAACGACAAAAAAAAGUUAAUGAAGAGUUGAAUGGAUUACAACGAUAUACCAGAUUUAAUGACUAUAUUUAAACAGUCGUGUUGUCCACCAAUUCAUGUAAUUCCUCGAUUAGUAUCCAAUUUAGCAUUUUAUCCGCCAAAACCCAAAUUAUAUGACUUUGUUUACGACAAGAAGUACAAUAAGUCAGUUCUAGAGCUUAAUGAAGAAGCAAUUGUUUAUUCACAAGAAAUAUUGAAUAAAAACUUAAGUAUUUUUUUAAAACAAUUGUAUCGGUUUGAUGUCCUGAUGGUUGACAGUCGAAGAGGUAAUCGGAUCUCUUGCAUAUUCUUGAGAAGUCCAACGACAACAAACAAGACUAUACUUUACAGUCAUAGCAAUGCUUGUGAUUUGGGAUUUAUCUGUUGUCAUGUUUGGCUUAUCAGUCGACAACUUAACUGUAAUAUUAUGGCUUAUGAUUACUCUGGUUAUGGUCUGAGCGAUGGUAAGCCAUCGGAAAACAAUUUGUACGCAGAUAUUGACUCAGCCCUGUCUGCGCUUAUAUAUCUUUAUAAAAUUUCACCAAAAAAUAUUGUCCUCUACGGCACAUCCGUGGGCACUGUGCCGACCAUUGAUUUGUCCACACGGCUAGUGUUUUAUGGCGUAAUCCUCGAGUCGUCCAUAAUGUCUGGUUUACGAACAUUGUGUCCCAAAUGGAUCAAACAGUUUUGGACUAUCGAUCCGUUUCCCAAUCUUUUAAAAGCUAAUAAAAUUAAAUGCAAAGUACUUGUAAUCCAUGGAACUAAUGAUGAAUUGACUGACAUUAAAGACGCUGUUAUUCUUUAUAAACGAUGUCCACAAUCGGUGCCACCGUUUUGGGCACUCGGCUAUCGACACAAUGAUGUCUCAUCACAUCCACAAUACUUUCAACGAAUUCAUCUCUUUAUAACUCAAUUAAAAUAA